AUGCUGAAUCGGAGACAAAUUUGGAUUUUUGGACUUAUCGAAAGGGGCACAGACGAUGUGGCGAUGAUGGAAGUACCGAGAAGAGAUGCGGCGACACUGCUACCUUUGAUUCAACAACACGUGGAACCCGGAACACUUAUAGUCUCUGAUGGAUGGCGAGCUUAUGGAGGAAUAAAAAACCUGCAAGAAGAUUAUGAUCACAAGUUCGUCAAUCACAAAGUUAACUUUGUGGACCCCACCGACCCCAGAGUUCACACUCAAUCAAUUGAAUCCACUUGGCGAGCGUUGAAAACAUCUCUCAAACAAUAUUAUGGAAUUCCGCAUUCAUCGGUGCAAACAUAUAUGUAUAUACCAGUAUAUAUUCAAACGAAAAUGGAAAGGCAAAUGUCUCAACGCCCUUUUAUAUGA